AGAAAGGGUGGCUUUCCUGACCACUAGCGCCUCAGCGUCUAGGGUUGUACCUGGGCCGCUACCCUCACGUUUCAGGUGCUGCAUCAGGCUGCGCAGACUGUGGCGGCGAGACGCUGGCUUGGGCGCGAGGGAGCCGCACCUCCAGGGGACGACAUGCCAACUGCCAAGCAACUAGCUGACAUUGGUUACAAGACCUUCUCCACCUCCAUGAUGCUCCUCACUGUGUAUGGGGGCUACCUCUGCAGCGUCCGCGCCUACCACUAUUUCCAGCGGCGCAGCUCCCGGCGCCAGGCUGCAGAAGAACAGAAGACCUCAGGAGUCUUGUAGAACUGGGGGGCUUUCCUCCUUGAUUAGAGAGGCCUGAGGCAUGCUGUGAAAAGAGCUCACCUACAGUCAUAUCCAAGUCAAGAGAACUAAGGCCUUAAUGGUUUUCAAACCCUGAUGGGGAUAAGUGCCCAUGAUUUCUCUGGAACUGCCAGUUUGGGGAGGCUGUCAAAUCAUAACAGGAAUUGGGGGAGGGUGAGGCACAUCUACAGACAUUAAAUAUUUUGCCAUGUC